AUGGCCAAUGAAGCCUCCUUGUCUGACCUCCUAGCAGAGGCCAGCUGCCCCCUCUGCCUGGCUUUCCUGAGAGACCCAGUGACCAUUGACUGUGGGCACAACUUCUGUGGCUCCUGCAUCCACCAGUGCUGGGAAGAUCUACAGGACAUCUUCCCCUGUCCUGUCUGCCUCCACCACUGCCCAAGUGGGAACUUCAGGAGAAACACCCAACUGUGCCACAUGACUGAAAUUGUGAAGCAACUUCCCACCAGGAGGAGCAAGAGGAAACUUCAGGAAGAGAAACCCCUGUGUGAGAAGCACAAUCAGGUUCAGACCCUGUUCUGCGAGCAGGACCUGGAGCUACUGUGUGCCCAAUGCAGGGUCUCCUCUGACCAUCGUGAUCACUGCCUGAUGUCCAUUGAGCAAGCUGCAGCUCAUCACAAGAAGAAGCUCAAAAGCUCCACUGGAUACCUGAAGGAUAACAUAGAAAGUGCUGAGAAGGAUCAUGAAAUCCAAUUCUUAAAAUCAUGUGAAUGGAAGCGGAAGGUGGAAGAGUGGAGGAAAGAACUGAACUCUGAAUUUGAACAACUUCAGUGCUUCUUAGAAAAGGAUCAGGAAGCAAUUCAUAGCAGGCUAGUAAUGGAAGAAAAGAUUGUCAAAGACAAACUAACUGAAAACAAAAGCCAAAUUUCAUAUCAUAUAUCCACACUGAAAAAUCUGUUACAUGAAAUAACAGAGACGUAUGUACAGGGAGACCUGGAUUUACUGACAGGUAUUCAAAGUAUCAACGACAAGCAUGAAAACCUAAAAACCCCAGAAGUCUUCUCAUACGAAUUACAGAAAUGGGGUUUUAGUCUCACUCUGCAAUAUUUUGGCCUGCAAAAACUGAUCAGCAUAUUUAAGGUAGAUUUGACGCUAGAUGUUGAAUCUGCCCACCCAGAUCUUGUCAUCUCAGAAGAUAGAAAAACUGCCAUGUUUGGAGGGAUGAAAUCAAAAGGUCUGCAUCAAUUCAGGGCACUUACAUCUUACCAAGCUGUCCGGAGUUGUGAGAGCUUUGAGGCUGGAAGGCAUUUUUGGCAAGUAGAAGUGCGAGGCACAGUGCGCUUGAGGAAAUGGAAAGAUAAAGUCUGUGAACUCCUGCCACCCCAGACUGCUCCUGGCCAUAGAGGAAAAUUAGUGGAUGAAAGCGGUGCCAUGCCACAACCUGUUCUCUGCAUGUGA